GGCCUCUGAUGUGCUGUGAUCCGGCCUUUAUUUUGAAGGCCAGAAGCGGAAGCGGAGCGUGUGAUGACGGCAGCGGCAGCAGCAGCUGAGGAGGCGGCAGGUGAAUGAUUCACACUUUAAUUCUUCACGUUCCACCUGAACUACGGUAAAUACACCGAGAGCAGGAGCCGCGGAGCGAGAUGCGUGUGCGUGUGCGUCUGUGACGAGUUCAAACUACAACCACCGCAGCUCGGAAGGGACAAAAAGACCCGAGUCAACACGCCGCCGCAGACUUAGCAGGUCAGUUGUGAGAGGAGGAACCUCAGUGGUGCAGCCAUGUUGUCGGCGGAGGAGAUUCUGUGUAACACGCAGCAGGUGAUCGCAGGGCUGGAGGCUCUCAGGGGAGAGAAUCGCAGUCUGCUGGGGAGCUUGCAGGAGGCGAUGGAGAGCCGGUCUGCGUCAGAGAGCGGCAGCGUGGAGCAGGAGAAGAGCGGCAGCGUGGAGCAGGAGAAGAGCGGCAUCAUCCGUCAGUCACUGGAGAGGAUAGAGCUGGGGCUGAGCGAGGCACAGGUGAUGAUGGCGUUGUCGGCUCACCUGGGAUCGCUGGAGGCCGAGAAACAGAAGCUGCGAGCUCAGGUGCGUCGUCUCUGUCAGGAGAACCAGUGGCUGAGAGAUGAGCUGGCCGGUGCUCAGCAGCGGCUGCAGGACAGAGAGCAGGAGGUGGUCACCCUGGAGGAGCAGAACAGACAUCUGCAGUUCAUGUCGUCCAUACGCAAAUACGACCUGGAGGAGCCUCACCUGGAUGACAAAGACACAUCCUCCAAAAAAGAGUCUCUGGAUGAUCUAUUUCCCACUGAUGAUGAGGAACAGUCCCAGAUGUCCCAGCCUCACCACAGCAGUGCAGCCGCUGCAGCCCAGCAGGGCGGCUACGAGAUCCCCGCCCGCCUUCGAACGCUCCACAACCUCGUCAUCCAGUACGCCUCCCAGGGACGAUACGAAGUCGCCGUGCCGCUCUGCAAACAAGCUUUGGAAGACUUGGAGAAGUCUUCAGGCCACACGCACCCAGAUGUCGCCACCAUGCUGAAUAUACUGGCGCUGGUGUAUAGAGACCAGAACAAAUACAAAGAAGCAGCCAGUCUGUUGAACGACGCGCUGGCGAUCAGGGAGAAAACUCUCGGGAUGGACCAUCCAGCUGUGGCUGCAACACUCAACAACCUGGCAGUGCUCUAUGGGAAAAGAGGGAAAUAUAAGGAAGCAGAGCCGCUAUGUAAACGAGCUCUGGAGAUCAGGGAGAAGGUUCUAGGUAUAGACCACCCAGAUGUGGCCAAGCAGCUGAACAACCUGGCUCUGCUGUGUCAGAACCAGGGGAAGUACCAGGAGGUGGAGCUGUACUACGAACGAGCUCUGCACAUUUACCAAAGCAAACUGGGACCAGACGACGCCAAUGUGGCAAAGACCAAGAACAACCUGGCCUCAUGUUAUCUCAAACAGGGGAAAUACAGACAAGCUGAGGCUCUUUACAAAGAGAUCCUGACCCGAGCACAUGAAAAGGAGUUUGGAUCAGUAGAAGGUGAAGGUCGUCCCAGCUGGUCCGGAGCAGAGGACGCUGGUUCCAGACCGGACGGACUCAGUAACCUGAAGCGCAGCGGCUCCUUCACCAAGCUCCGAGAGUCGAUACGCAGAAGCAGCGAGAAACUGGUCCGCAAGCUAAGAGGAGUCGAGCUGGAGGAAACGACCCCGAGGAAUGCUGGGAUGAAGAGAGCCAACUCUCUGAAUGUGCUGAAUGUUGGAGCCAGAGAAAGUCAGGAUGGUGCAGAGUCGAGCCGUUUGACAGAUAUCCGAGGCCUGAGCUCCAGCACGCUGAGUCUGACGAGACGGGGCUCACUGGGGGGGACCAGCUAACACACACACACACACACACACACACACACACACACACACACACACACACACACACACACACACACACACACACACACACACACACACAUGUCCUCACUGACUGGACAGAUGUUCAUACUCUGACUGUUAAGUUAUAAACUCGCAGCCCAGAAUCGAUCGCUUCAAUUAGAUGAAUUCCCCUUUUGUAAAUGAGGGGAACAGAGAGAAACAUCACGACCACACCUUGAUAGAUUUACAUUGCAUGUUUCCUUCCUGUUCACUUGAAAUUAACAUAAUUCCUUCAUGGAUGUAGAUUUAAAAUCAACUCAGUUUCUUUUCAGUUUAUUUAUUUUUACUCAAAAGUUAAAAAGUUUAUGGACUGGAAACUCAUUUGUUGAAAAUAAAGACUUUUUAAAACAUUGACUUUAACACUGUAAAAACACACUUUAAAGUUCCCAGUAAUCUGUUAAGAAGUCGAGGUUGUGUCCCUCGUGCUGGUUUUCGCCUUUUCAGGAACAUUUUAUUCUGAUGACACUGAAAAAAGGUUAUUUACGUUUUAAAUUAUUUUUUUUAAGUUUAACAGGUUUAUUGAAAUGAAAGCUUAUCAUUUUUUAAAAACCUGGUUUUUAAGGAGAAAAGGGACGUAAACGUAUUUUUGCACAAUGAUCAAAAAUGUGUUUGUGAAAAUUUGAAUGUGACAUUUGGUUUACGAGGGCAAAGUUUAUACUGUUUAAAGAAAUGUAUUUAAGUAAGAUAAAUGUUUUUGCCUUUAAAAUGUGCAGGUCAUUGAAUUAAUAUUUAAUAUUUCCAGAUGAUAAUCAUAAAAACACAAAUGAGUUACUUUAGCUGCUUUGCACCACAUUCCAGUUCUGUCAUUCCAUUUUAUGAAAAUAAGGAAUAACUUAAGAAACCCAACACCAGCUCUUGCACAUAUCUGACUCCAAUCAAAUCAAUGGGGAAGUGGUGUCAGACUUUUGGACACGUAGAAUAUCAAUUAAUAUGUCAUUUUAGUUCACACGCCUCAAUAUUCAGAAAAUUAUGAAUUUUACCAUUUUAUACAUUUGAGUUUAUAAUUCAUUUCUAUUCAGUUCAGAACGUAGUUUUAUGCUACAUGGAUUCCCAAAGUUGUUGUGUGCCUGAGUCACUGUUGUUAUGGUUACCUGCUGCACCUACUGAUUUCUUUUGGGCAGCGAAAAGUUGUGAACAAAGUUUACAUAUCAAUGUUUGAGUUGAUAUCGUUAAACUUGUUAACAAACAGUUGCUCAAUCUGACAUGAAACAGUAACAGACCAACUUAAACUUUUAUUCAGAUGUUUCUUGCCACCAUGUGAAGUCGAACAUUCGAAGUCCUGAGGGGAACAUCUGGCUCUUUAGCUGCUAAAUGCUCGAUGCUCUGUUCACCAGCUCGUCU